CUUGACUUUUAUAAUCGCUCCAAAUCCACCAAACCCAUUCCAUUAUCAUUUUUAGUUCCUCCGCCAUCGCCGGCCGGAAUCCAAGAUUUCUUCCUCUGUUUUUCCGAUUCCGAUUCCGAUUCACUACCGAAAUGUCGUCUACAGAUCCUCCUCCGCCGUCUACGCCGCCAGUUCUCGACGUUACGCUUCACGCCUUCGGAUUCGAAAUUGACCACGUCUCUCCUCAGAGAGUGGCCGGCCGUCUCCUCGUCUCCUCAAUCUGCUGCCAGCCGUUCAAAGUUCUGCACGGCGGAGUAUCGGCGUUGAUCGCUGAGUCUCUGGCGAGCAUUGGCGCUCAUACGGCGUCUGGCUACCAGAGAGUCGCCGGAAUUCAUCUCAGUAUCAAUCACUUGAAGAGCGCCGCCCUCGGCGACCUCGUUCUCGCUGAAGCCGCUCCGGUCACCGUCGGCCGCACCAUCCAGGUAUGGGAUGUGAAAUUGUGGAAGGAUUUGAAAGAGACAAAAGUGGUCGUGUCCACCGCACGAGUUACUCUUCUUUGCAAUUUGCCUGUCCCGAAACACGCUGAAAAUGCCGCAAAUGCCCUCAAGAUGUUUGCAAAAUUGUAAUUAUUAUUACUACUAUUAUUUAAAUACUUAGAUAUAUGAAUCGAAUCAUCGAUA